CAAAACAUAUAAAACAUCCUAAAAGACCCGUCUUCUUCCCUCUUUUUCUUCCCUCUUCUUCCCUCUUCUUUUUUUUUUGAUACGUUAAACAAUGCAAAGAAUAGGACGUGUCUUACCACGCGCUUUUCAGAGAAAUACUAGGCGUUUAUAUCAAACUCAACAGGGUCCAAGAAGAGCAGUAAAUAAUUAUGCAGCCUUAGGCAUUACUGCUUUUGUGGCAGGAACUUCAGGAUACUGGCUAGCCGCCAAUCCUAAUAUUUAUGCUGAACAAGCUACUUCUCAAAAUAUUCAAGUACCUGUUCCCCCAAUCCCUACUCAUGAUACAAUUGCACAAGUGUUCAAGGAACUUAGCAAUGUUUUGCCUCCUGAACAUGUAACUGUAGACGAAGAAGUGCUUCAAAAUCACGGUUAUUCUAACAAUUCAUAUCAUAAUGAAGGAGCACCCAACAUUGUUGUCUAUCCUGAAAGUACAGAACAAGUAGCCCAAAUAGUCAAGGUGGCCAAUAAGUAUAAUGUACCCAUCAUUCCAUUUUCUGGAGGAACCUCACUUGAAGGCCAUUUUUCUGCUCCCAAAGGUGGUAUUUGUAUUUCAUUCACCGAGCAUAUGGAUCAAGUAGUAGCUUUUCAUCCAGAAGAUAUGGAUAUUGUGGUACAACCUGGUAUACAAUGGGAAGAUUUGAACUUGUCUCUAAAGAAGGAAGGUCUCUUUUUUCCAAUGGAUCCUGGACCAGGAGCAUGCAUAGGUGGUAUGGUUGGUACAAGCUGUUCAGGAACUCAAGCAGUUAGAUACGGCACUAUGCGAGAAUGGGUGAUCAAUCUGACAGUGGUUACUCCAGAAGGCAAAAUCCUAAAGACACGACAGCGCCCUCGUAAAUCUGCAGCAGGCUAUGACUUGACCAAACUCUAUAUUGGCUCAGAAGGUACAUUGGGUGUUGUGACCGAAAUCACGCUUAAAUUAGCCGUCUUGCCUCAAGUUGAAACAGUGGCUGUCUGCCAAUUCCCCACGAUUCGUGAUGCAGCUGCGGUUGUGCCUGAUCUAGUACGCGCAGGUAUCCAAAUAGGUGCCGUUGAAUUGUUAGACGCAACCAUGAUGAAAGCUAUUGAUCUUGCUAAUCCAGAUUUGGGACAUGCAGCAGCACCCACUCUUUUCUUCAAAUUUUCUGGUGCUUCGCAAGUCACUGUUGAUCAUGAUGUCAAACUGGUAUCUGAGAUUACAAAAAAGCAUCAAGGUGGCCAGUUUAGAUACGCCAAAGAUGAAAAAGAAAAGAAUGAGCUUUGGGAAGGAAGAAAGAUUGCACUCUGGUCCUCUACUCUACUCAAACCAAACUCUUCUGUUUGGACAACAGAUGUCGUUGUUCCUGUGUCUCGCUUGCCUGACUUGAUUGCAGAAACACAGCAUGAAGCAGACCAAUCCUUUUUACCCUGUCCUAUGGUAGGACAUGUAGGCGAUGGUAAUUUCCAUGUCUUCCUCUUGUUUGAUAAAGAGAGCGAUAAGGAAUAUCAAGAAGCAAAGCGGUUAAACAAGAACUUGGUUGAACGUGCUAUCCGUAUGGAAGGCUCAGUGACUGGUGAACAUGGCGUUGGUAUAGGCAAAAAACAGUUUUUAAGUCAAGAAUUGGGUGAAAACACAGUUGAUUUAAUGAAAACAAUUAAAAUCGCUUUAGAUCCAAAGGGUUUAAUGAACCCAGAAAAGGUUUUACCUGAAUAAAAUCAUGCAAUUAAAAUGACGACACAGCCGUUAUUUUAGUUUCACCUCUUUUUUUUUCUUUUUUUCUUUUUCUUUCUUUGUUUACUUUUUAUUCACUCAAAAAUGGCUAAUG